UGAUGCUGCUGGAUAGAUGUAGCCCCUGAUGUAAAUAAGAAUGGCGAGGGCAGCGGGUCUAACAUGCCGCGUUAUCUCUGCUUGACAUCGGAACAUUGCAUGCCACCAUCGGGAUUUCAUAAAAAAGCGGGGGCCUUUUCUCGUUUUCAUCGGACUCUGCCUUGACAGCUCGCCUGAUGAUUUUAAUUUGACACAAGAGCCAAAGCAGACGGGCGGCUUCUUCUAAUAAACACUCGGGAAAAACAGGUCAUUAUGACCUUAGUAUCCUCCAGUAAAAGAAAACCAUCGGAUUGCUUUUACGCGGCAGCAUUCUGCUUGCAUUUUUUGCUUUGGAUUUCGUGUGCUGUGUCCGGAGAGGAGGAUCAUCAGUUCAGCGUUGAGGGAUGGCUACAGAGGUAUGGCUACCUUCCCCGCACAGAACCGGGAAUGUCUGUCCUGCGCUCGGCCCAAACCAUGCACUCAGCCAUCGCUGCCAUGCAGCGUGUCUAUGGUCUCAAUGUCACAGGGACACUGGAUGAGAAAACCAAGGAUUGGAUGCAAAAGCCUCGCUGUGGAGUUCCGGACAAAUUUAAAAGUGCUUCGAGGUCACGGAAGCGGAGAUAUGCGCUGACAGGACAGAAGUGGCAGCGUACACACAUCACCUACAGCAUAAAAAAUGUCACACCAAAGGUGGGCGCCCGGGAGACUCACGAUGCCAUCCGGCGGGCGUUUGACGUGUGGCAGGGUGUGACUCCCCUACGCUUUGAGGCCGUUCCAUACAGCGCACUGGAGACUGGCAGGCGUGACGUGGACAUCACCAUCAUUUUUGCUUCGGGUUUUCAUGGUGACAGCUCACCCUUCGAUGGGGAGGGGGGAUUCCUUGCCCAUGCCUAUUUCCCGGGCCCAGGCAUAGGAGGGGACACACACUUUGAUUCAGAUGAGCCCUGGACCCUGGGGAACCCAAACCAUGAUGGUAAUGACCUGUUCUUGGUUGCGGUGCAUGAGCUGGGCCACGCCCUCGGUCUGGAACACUCUAACGACCCCACCGCUAUUAUGGCUCCUUUCUACCAGUACAUGGACACAGAGAACUUCAAACUACCUCAUGAUGACCUGCAGGGCAUCCAGAAAAUCUAUGGUCCACCAGAUAGAGCACCGCAGCCUACUAGGCCCCCACCCACGGUCCCUCCUCCUCGCUUCCACCCUCCUUCAGACCCCCGUAAGCAUGACCGCCAUGCCAGACCCCAUCGCCCUCCACAGGGGGCCAAGCCCUUCAACCCCAACUCCAUACCCAACAUCUGUGAUGGAGGCUUCAACACCCUGGCCAUCCUCCGGCAAGAGCUUUUUGUGUUCAAGGACCAGUGGUUUUGGAGGGUACGAGAUAACUCAGUAGUCCCUGGCUACCCCAUGCAGAUUAACCACUUCUGGAAAGGCUUGCCUCCCAAAAUUGAUGCUGUGUAUGAAAAUAGCGAAGGGAAGUUUGUCUUUUUCAAAGGAAACCGUUUCUGGGUCUUCAAGGACACAACUCUCCAGCCUUCGUACCCUCAGGACAUCUCGCUGUUCGGGAGCGGCAUGCCCACUCAGAGUAUCGAGACAGCUGUCUGGUGGGAGGAUGUCGCAAAAACCUACUUCUUCAAAGGAGACAGGUACUGGAGGUACAAUGAGGACAUGAGAACCAUGGACCCAGGUUAUCCCAAACCCAUCAACAUCUGGAAGGGCAUCCCUGACUCUCCACAGGGGGCUUUUGUGGAUAAGGCCAACGGCUUUACCUACUUUUACAAGGGAAAGGAGUACUGGAAAUUCAACAACCAGCUGCUUCGUGUGGAGCCUAGCUACCCAAGGUCCAUCCUGAGGGAUUUCAUGGGCUGUGACGGUCUGCCUGCCGGCCCCGAAUGGGACUGGAACCCCCCGGUGGCGGAGGAACGCCACUACGACAAUGGUGACGUGGACGUUGUCAUCAAACUGGACAGCGCGGGGGGCACGGAGAAAGCAGUGGCCAUCGCUAUCCCCUGUGUCCUGGCGCUUUGCAUGAUGGUCCUCCUCUACACUGUUUUCCAGUUCAGGAGGAAGAGCACACAGCGCCACAUACUGUACUGCAAGCGCUCCAUGCAGGAGUGGGUCUGAAGGACUGUUAUCAUACUGUAUAGAAAGGGAUGUGAAGCUCUGAUAGAGGUAUAGUUAUUACUUGAAGCCCUAAGUACAGUAAUUGGAAGCACUGUAAAGGGUACAGUACAUAAGGAUUGCCAUGUUGGCAGAUUUUAAAGCUGCUUGAACUCAACUAACAAGCUGCAAGGAAGCGAAACGAUCAGCA